AUGGUCAAAUAUCAUUUUGAUGGUUUAGAUGAACGAAAAGUAAAUGAUAGUAGAGAAAAGUAUGGAGCGAAUACACUGCCACCUGUAAAGGUGGAAAGUUUCUUUGAAAAGUUAAAAGGUAACUUUGAAGAUCCACUGAUUCAUAUUUUGUGUGUGGCGUUGGUAAUCACAGUGGUUUUGGCAUUCUUUGGCUAUGCAGAGUGGUUCGAGGGUAUCGGUAUUGCAAGCGCCGUCUUCUUGGCCACGUUUGUCUCGACCUACUCAGAGUACAAGAACGAGAACUCCUUCCAGGAGCUCCAAGAGAAGGCAUCGCGUAUCAAGUGCAACGUGUUCCGUAACGGAAAUCACGUGCAACACAUCUACGCCUUUGACGUCGUAGUCGGCGACUACGUACUUUUACAAGCUGGUGACAAGAUUCCAGCCGAUGGCAAGUUGGUUGCCGGUGAACUCUUUGUGAAUCAAUCGUCGCUCAACGGUGAGAGCCAGCUCGAGAAGAAAACAGUGGCACCCGACUCUUACAAGCCAGCCUACAAAAACAACUUCCUCGACGACCAUCUCUGCUUCCGUGGCUCCGUAGUGGAGGACGGCGAGGGUGUGCUCCUCGUCGACAGCGUCGGUAGCGCCACCAUCUACGGUGAGCUCGCCGUCGAACUCUCCAAGGCAGACGAGCGUGAAUCGCCACUGCAAAUCAAGCUCGGUCGACUCGCCGACAACAUCUCGACACUCGGAUACAUCGGUGCUUGUUUCAUCGUUGUUUCGUUCCUCUUCAAGCAGUUCAUCAUGGACAAUGGCUAUCAAUGGGAUCAGAUCCGCACCUACAUCUCCAACUACCCGAUGGUACUCCGUGACAUUGUCAACUCGGUCACCCUCGCCAUCAUUAUUAUUGUCGUCGCCGUCCCCGAAGGUUUGCCAAUGAUGAUUGCCAUCGUUCUCUCGUUGAACAUGCGUAAGUUGUUGAAGGCCAAAGUACUCGUUCGUAAGCUCCUUGGAAUUGAGACUGCCGGUAGUUUGGAUAUUCUGUUUGUCGAUAAAACAGGUACAAUCACCAAGGGUCAGUUCAUUCCACGUACGUUUGUCAGUGGAAGCGGUGUCACCUACAAAGGAUUCAACCAGAUUCCACAGGAACUCAGAGAUGUACUCUCUUUUGCAGUCAGAGAAUCAACUUCAUCCGUCAUCGAUGGGGACGGACAAAUUGUUGGUGGAAACGCAUCGGACAAAGCGCUCCUUCAAUUCCUCGACCAAAGCUCACUCAUGAAAGAUUACAGCGUAGAGAUCGUCAAGGAAAUUCUAUUCCACUCUGAACGUAAAUAUUCCGCUGCCUUGAUGAAUGUUCCAAUUCAAGGUGGUCCAUCAGGUAAACCACCAUUAGGUAUCUUAAAGUGUUCUAAACAUCAUAGUAGUGAUUCGAUUGAUAUCACUUGUUUGAAGGGAGCACCAGAGAUUGUAAUUAGUCGUUGUACUUCACACUUCAAUGAAGACGGUUUCAUUGAACCAAUUCCAAAUAUCGAUGCUUUCACUACAGAGAUCAACAAGCUCUCGGAGCAAGGUAUCAGAGUUAUUGCUGUCGCCGUUUCAAAGGAGCCACUCAAGGAGACUGAAAAGUUGCCAAACAAUUUGAUUUUGGUCGGUGUCGUCGGUGUCUACGAUGAGAUUCGUGAGGAAUCGAGAGGUGCCAUUCAAACAGCUAAGGGUGCAGGUGUUCAAGUCGUCAUGAUUACAGGUGACAAGCGUGAAACAGCCAUUGCAGUCGCCCAUCAAAUCGGAUUGAUUGCACCGGGUGAAGAGCAUCAACCGGGUGUCGUCAUCACUUCGCUCGACUUGCAACACGUCACCGACGAGCGUCUCAAGGAGAUGAUUCCACAUCUCCGUGUUGUCUCUCGUGCACUGCCAAAGGACAAGACUCGUUUCGUCAAUGUCGCUCAAUCGCUUCACAAGGUUGUCGGUAUGACUGGUGACGGUGUCAACGAUUCCGCCGCUCUCAAGCACGCCGACGUCGGUUUCGCCAUGGGCAGUGGAUCGGAAGUCUCAAAGGAGGCAGCCGACAUUGUCAUUCUCGACGACAAUUUCGCAUCGAUUACCAAAGCCGUACUCUAUGGUCGUACCAUCUACAAGUCGAUCCAAAAGUUCAUUGUAUUCCAAUCGACCAUCAAUGUAGCUUCAACUCUUAUCGUAUUUUUAGGUCCAUUCAUGGGUAUCGAUUUCCCACUCACACUUAUUCAAUUGCUCUGGGUCAACUUGGUUAUGGACACUCUUGCAGCACUUGCAUUCGGUGGUGAACCAGCUCUCGAGCGUUACAUGAAGAAUAAACCAAUCAAGAGAGAUCAAAAUAUUAUUACACCAAGAAUGUGGGCAUCAAUUUUAAGUGGUGGACCAUUCAUUUGGGCAAUGUCAGUUACAUUCUUGACUAACGAUAAUGUUGAAUCUUUCUUCACAAGAAAUGGAAUUCCUUCAGAACCGGUCUUCUUGACAGCAUUCUUUGUAUUCUUUAUUUUUAUGGCUGUGAUCAACGCCUUCAACGUUCGUACCCACAGACUCAACUUGUUCGAUCAUCUUUUGGAUAACAAGGGAUUCAUUUUGGUGGUUCUCUUUAUUUUCAUUGUGCAAAUCGUAUUCACUUAUAUUGGUGGACGUGUACUAAGAACUGUCGGACUCAACUUGAACGAAUGGGUCGUAAUCAUUCUUGCCUCACUCACUAUUAUCCCAUUCGACCUUUUACGUAAAUCACUAAUGAAUUUAUUUCUUCACUCAACGAGCAGAAGAGUCAAACGAGAAGAUUAA